AGUCGGAGUGUGUAUGUAAACCUACGCGGAUCGAAUUCAAGAUGGUCUAGCUCGGCUGAAUAUCAUUCCCACGUGGCACAACUGACUAGCCCUAGUUCCAUCACUGUACUUGCUCAUCUUGAUUGGAAUUCUCUUGUGUUCCAACUGUACGUUCUCUGCUCAGACGAAAGCGCCAAGCUCUUCUCUGUCACUCUGUACAACAGGUUGGCAAAGCAACAUGGCUCCAAAGAUUACUACAGAACUGCUUAGACAGCUGCGGCUGGCAAUGAAAAACUCCAAAUAUGUUCCAGAGCCAAUCCAAGCCUACAUUGUACCCUCAGGAGAUGCACAUCAGAGUGAGUACAUUGCACCAUGUGACUGCAGAAGAGAGUUCAUCUGUGGGUUUGAUGGCUCAGCAGGAACGGCCAUUAUAACGGAGCAGCAUGCAGCUAUGUGGACAGAUGGACGUUAUUUUCUCCAAGCUGCCCAGCAAAUGGAUUCUAACUGGACGCUCAUGAAGAUUGGUUUGAAGGAUGUUCCCACGCAAGAGGACUGGCUUGUGAGUGUUCUUCCUCAGGGUUCCAAAGUUGGAGUAGAUCCAUUCAUUAUUCCAGCAGAUCAAUGGAAGAGGAUGUCCAAAGUUCUAAAAAGCGCAGGCCAUGCCCUUGUACCCAUUGAAGACAAUCUGAUAGAUGCAGUAUGGGUGGAUCGGCCCUCACGACCUUGCAAGCCCCUGAUGACUCUGGGCUUGAGCUACACAGGGAUCAGUUGGAAAGACAAGAUUGCAGCUCUGCGGAUAAAAAUGGCAGAGAGAAAGGCUCUCUGGUUUCUUGUGACAGCCUUGGACGAGGUGGCAUGGCUGUUUAAUCUCAGAGGCUCUGAUGUAGAAUUCAAUCCAGUGUUUUUUGCUUAUGCUAUCAUAGGAACCAACACAAUCAGAUUGUUUGUUGAUGGUGAACGCAUGGCAGACCCAGCUGUGAGAGAGCACCUGUCGCUGGAUUCUGUUCAGGAUGCCGAAUUUAGCAUCCAGCUUCUGCCAUAUAAGUCCAUCCUGACUGUACUGAAGUCCAUCUGUGAGACCCUUUCUCCUCAUGAGAAAGUUUGGCUCAGUGACAAAGCCAGCUAUGCCCUGACCCAAGCCAUCCCCAAGGUGCACCGCUACCUCACCCCCUACACCCCCAUCUGCAUUGCAAAAGCCGUGAAGAAUGCAACAGAGGCUGAAGGCAUGAGGAGAGCUCAUAUUAAGGAUGCUGUUGCACUGUGCGAACUGUUCAACUGGCUGGAGAAGGAGGUUUCCAAAGGCAACAUUACUGAAAUAUUAGCUGCAGACAAAGCAGAAGAGUUCCGUAGCCAGCAAGAGAACUUCGUCGACUUGAGCUUUGCUACUAUUUCAAGUACAGGCCCAAAUGGUGCUAUCAUACACUACGGGCCAACUCCUGAGACAAACAGGACUUUAUCCAUGAAUGAGAUCUACCUCCUGGAUUCUGGUGCCCAGUACAAGGAUGGAACUACCGAUGUGACAAGAACUAUGCACUUUGGCAUCCCAUCAGCUUAUGAAAAGGAGUGUUUCACUUAUGUGUUGAAGGGUCACAUUGCUGUCAGUGCUGCCAUAUUUCCCAAUGGAACCAAAGGUCACCUCCUAGACUCCUUCGCGCGCUCUGCACUGUGGGAUCAAGGCUUGGAUUACCUGCAUGGUACAGGCCAUGGAGUUGGUGCAUUCCUAAAUGUUCAUGAAGGCCCAUGCGGCAUUAGCUACAAAACCUUUGCUGAUGAACCUCUGGAAGCUGGGAUGAUUGUGUCUGAUGAACCAGGUUAUUACGAGGAUGGCUCUUUUGGCAUCCGACUAGAAAAUGUGGUUCUUGUUGUUCCUGCCAAAACAAAGUACAACUUCAGCAACAGAGGCAGUUUAACUUUUGAACCCUUGACCCUGGUCCCAAUCCAGACCAAAAUGAUACAUGUUCAUUUGCUGACCCCUAAAGAGAUCAAGUGGGUGAAUGACUACCACAAAAAAUGCAGAGAGGUGAUCGGGGCUGAACUCGAACGCCAAGGACGACAUGAAGCUCUACAGUGGCUCAUUAGAGAAACAGAACCAAUCUCCAAAACUCACUGACAGCAAUGUCUUCUUUAAAAGUAAUUGUUUUUAAAAAUUGCAAACAUGGGAGUAAUUCAACUUUACAAUGAUCUGAAUGGUGCCACCAUGCCUGUGAAAAACUUCUCAUAAUGAUCAGGAAAUAUUGGAGAAAGCAGGGUGUGUGAACGCAAAAGGGAUUUCUUGCCUGGACACUUUUCUUCCCUCAUAUUUCUUUUUCUUGGUGAUGAACAAAAAUAAAAUCAAAGCUAUGAAAUCCACAUUUUUAUAUAGAAUAGGUCAGCAAGAUAAAGCACAAAACUUGCACUGGAUUUGGAUUUAUAUGGUUUCAUUUGCCAAGCUAUCUUCAUGCCCCUGUGGGUGACAAAAUUUUGGGGCAACUCUAUCAUCUGUAAUAUUUUGCAUAUGGUAAGAAGAACAAUAUUACCCAUUUGUGUUGGCUCCUGAUUUUCUAAGAACCAGUGUUUAUCAAAAUAAUAUGGAAAGGUUUCACAAGCCUAGCUUUACUGCAUUCUCAUUUUUUAAAAUCAAAACAGAGUAAAGGGCAAGUUCACACACAUGUUCAUGAUAAAUGACUGUAUUAGCCCACAUCUGUAUCAGUUUCAUAUAAUCUCAAUUUGUAGUGACUGUCAGUGGAUGCAGCUGACAACUUCAAUUGUGUGACAGUGAGCAACUGGUCACGGAGUGACAUACCUGCAUAUGUGGACCAAUGCUGACCAACAAAAUCUGUAGAUCACAUCCUGGGCAACUGUUUUGUGCACAGUCUUUUAAUACCUGUAUUGUAAAAAGUUUACCUAAUCUCAUAGUACAUUUUGGAUUGAAACCCCCGCUCCCCCACCCCCAGUGUGCUUGAAAGUGUCAAGGGUAUGGAUUUCCUAAUAUGUGUAAGAAAAGGAUAAUGUGUGAAGUGACCAUGAAUGAGUGAAACUUUCAGCAGCUGAGGCUGUGUCUUUGCUUUGCCUACAGUAAAUAAACAGGAGAUCCAAGUGCCAAUAAACAUUAUCUUCUUUACUUCUCUGCUUAACCGUACAGUAUCUGUGAUUAGAGGAUAAAACUCUCCAAAAUCCUGCAAUUGGAGUAAGUCAUGGGUUUCAUUCACUACAGUCUGACUGUAGAAUUGGAGAAGGUGUGAGGGCAAGAACUUUUUGUUAAUUUGUGUGUAUGUGUAUCCCCCUACUUCAUGUGCAAGCUUGUUGGGGGUGGGGGUGAAAAAUUCCUACCAACAUCCGUUAAAUUGACUUUUCCAGUUUCCCUAUAAUAAAAGAUUUAUGCAUAGCUGUC